AUGUCACGGUCAGCGAGUGAUGCAACUCGGUUUACUGCUACCGGACCUUACGCCUACUCGAAAUCCGCGAUGUCGUCCCCCGCUUCGUCGAAAUGGUCCGGCUUGAAGGUCAAGUCCUCGCAGCCGUCACAGCCAUCUCCCGGCCAGGGGACACAGGAAACUCCGAGAGAGAAGGUUGAGCGACUACGAGCCCAGGCUCGGGCCAAUCGCAUUGCACAGUCGUUCUCUCCCAUGGAUAAGAUAGUAAACUCCGGAAGGACGUGGGCGGAUCGUUUUCACAGGGCGGCGGUUUUCUCACUUAUUGCUGCUUCCGGAAUUGCCGGAGUCUUGACCGUUUAUUCGAUGACAUCCUUAAUCUCGCACAACCGGCGGCAACGGGAACUUUUUAUCGAAAAGGAAUUGGAGAGUCUCUUAGAUGCUAGAAAGGCAUAUGUUGCCGGGACUGCAACCCAACAACAGAUCGAACUGCUGCGGAAAGAGAAGGCCGCGGACGAGGAGAAGCGGCUGCGGGAGGAAGCGAAGAAGCAGACUAUGUUUUAUAAGGCCCGGAGCUGGCUCUUCGAUGGCCCAGAUGCCAUUAAGACCACUAGCGCAGACGCUGAAGCACACUCACAGUCACAACAAUCUCCCGAAAUAAACACCGCUCAGACAACACCAGCUAUGCCUGCCGUGCCGACAGAACCCCAGGGGACCGAACCCGCCAACCCUAGACCAUCGAACUCGAGUUGGUCAAGUUGGACGAGCUGGGGAGGUGCCAGUAAAUAA